AUGAAGGGAGAGAGGACACGGUCGAGAACACGAUGGCGGUGGUCUCCACAAGGCAGUCAGCAACGAUGGGCCGGUUGCUUCGAGGAGAGUGACGGAGAAAAUCACGGACAGGCUUGCACCACCGGGCCCCCUGGAUGCUGCCACCGGCUGUUGGGUGGCAUCUUUCAACGGCACCUAGGCGCAUAUCGAAAUGGACGCCAAGCCAAUAUUUCGGCAGGCGAGGGGCGGCCAUAA